CCUUAAAACCAAGCCUCAGGUUGUGAAAUCAGGGCUGAAUUUGCGCUUUAGGCCUCAAAACAAGACAUUUCUGAGAAAAGUGAAUCCCGUGGCUUGGCCUCAGAGGAACAUUAAGAGACCUUCCCCAGGGACCUGGUUUUCAAGUUACCUGUGAAUCAGAGAGCAAGAUAGAGAGGCCUUCAGGAAGUCUCAUAAGGGAUGGAAUGAAGAAAAAUAAGAGAGAUUCAGCAAAGGAGGGAGUAAAUAAUGAGAAAAUUCCUAUAAAAAAUAGAUGUCAUGCACAUAAGAAAUCAGAAAAAAAUGUUGGGGUCAGUUCACACAUCUGCAAUUUCCAGGUGUGUGGCAAAGCCCUUAACUUCAACUCAGUGCCAGCAAGUCAGCACUGGAGAGAAACCUUUUAGAUGCAAGGACUACAGCAAGGCCUUCAAGCAAAAAGUCAGCUUAAAUCAAUAUCAAUGGAUCCAAAAGAAAAAAAGAAAAGGAAAGAAAAAUGAAAAAGAAAACCCCAAUAUCAAUGGAUCCACCCUUGGGUGAAGCCCUACAAAUGCAGAGUGUGGGAAAGGCUUCAACAAGAGUUCAGGAUUGAAGCAGCACUGAAGGCUUCAUGUUAGAGAAAAACCCUGUGAAUGUGGGAAAAUCUUCAUUCAGAACUCAAAUUUUAUUUGUCAUUGGAGAAUUCAUCCUGGAGAGGAACUUUUAAAUGUAACCUUGUUCUGUGUGUCCCCCUAGUGCAGCUGACUCAAUGUUAUUUCCAACUCUGCAGUUGUGAGCUUCUCCAUAGCAGGAUUGGUCAGGAAGGUGGACUGUCCCCAAAGGAGAUGAAUAUAAGGAAUGACCUUGAGAGUGUCUGUCUUUCCUUAGAUUUUAGCAUCGUCCACUUCCAGACUAGCUCUGGUCUCUCAUCUUGAGCAAGGGAAAGAGUCACGUUUCACCCAGCCCCAGGGACCCCUAAGCAGGAGGAACAGGAGAGCAGGUUCUACAGGCCUUAAAUGGUGUGAUCAGCUAGACAGUGUCUCCUGACCUUGAGAAGAAGCGAUUGGCAUUAGGAAGCACGUUGAGCUGAUGCUGCCCUUCAUUUAUUCUCUAGACUGCUGCUUGGUUCCCGGAACAAGGCAUCUUGGCUCUGGAGAAAGCUGCGUGGCAAGAGGCGGCAGGUGAUGGCAUUCUGCCUCUUAAUGGCUCUGUCUGUGGUGGCUGUCACCCGCUUCCCUCCACAGGACCCAGCCGCCAGCCCAGACCCUGGUCCCAUGGAGCCCCAGCGGGUAACUGGUGCCCCUGCCCCCCAGAGCAGGCAGGCUCUGAGCUCCGGCUGGAGGCAGCGGGCAAGAAACCUGAGGUUCCGGAGAGGCUGGGCCUUGCCUGGGAGCUCCAUCCUGGUGUGUGCUGAGGAGCAAGGCCACGGAGGGAACGUGGACAGCAGGCGUCCAAGGAGGGUCAAGAGGGGCAUUACUUUGGCACCUCCAGGAGAUUUGAGACUCAGUACCCGGCAUCUGGUGCUCCUGAGGGAGGAUGAGGUCAGGGGUCCAGGAGCCAAAGACCUGGACCUCCCCUGGCACAGUGGUCCCCUCUGGGAGGCACAGAGUGAGACGGGCACCCCAGAUGGCCCCCUCGCAGGGCACAACAUGGCAGCAUUACAGACUUGGAGAGCUACUGCUGGACCGACCCUCUGGCCUCAUCCAGCAGAAGGCGGGGAUCUGCCGGGAGUGAGGAACAGAGCCUUGACUGGUGGACGACAAGCAGGGGGUCCCGCCCCGGCCACGGGGGCUCAUCAGUGGCCUGGCUCUGUUGGGGAGCUGCAAGGAUCUGUGUGGUGUGACGCUGAGACCCCCAGGCUGUCGAGUGGCUUGAGGACCAGCGAGCAGGUGCCCCCGUGGCUUACAGAGCAGGAUGUGCAGACCCUCCAGCUGCUGGCGCAGGGGCACGUGGUGGGCAAAGCCAGGGUCCCUGGCCACGGGCAGGUGCUGCAGGUUGGCUUCUCCACCAAGGGUGCCCUUCAGGACCUGUCUCCGGGGCUCAGCCACCUCUGCUCCCAGGGGCUCUGUGGCCUGAUCAAGAGGCCUGGGGACCUGUCUGAGGUCCUGUCCUUCCACGUGGACCGCGUGCUGGGGCUGCGCCGGAGCCUACCUGCCGUGGCCAGGCGCUUCCACAGCCCCCUGCUGCCCUACCGCUACACGGACGGUGGCGCAAGGCCCGUCAUCUGGUGGGCACCCGACGUGCAGCACCUGGGUGAUCCAGAUGACGACCAGAACUCGCUGGCCUUGGGCUGGCUGCAGUACCAGGCCCUGCUGGCACGUGACUGCAGCCAGCCGGGCCAGGCCCCAUGCCUGGGCAUCCACCGUGCCGAGUGGGCACGCCUGGCACUCUUCGACUUCCUGCUGCAGGUCCACGACCGCCUGGAUCGCUACUGCUGCGGCUUCGAGCCCGAGCCCUCGGACCCCUGUGUGGAAGAGAGGCUCCGAGAGAAAUGCCGGAACCCGGGGGAGCUGCGGCUGGUCCACAUCUUGGUCCGGAGCAGUGAUCUCUCUCAUCUGGUCUACAUCGAUAACGCCGGCAACCUUCAGCACCCGGAGCACAAGCUGAAUUUCCGGCUGCUGGAGGGCAUCGACAGGUUUCCUGAGUCUGUCGUGAGGGUUCUCACAUCAGGGUGUCUACAGAAUAUGCUGCUCAAGUCACUGCAGACAGACCCGGUGUUCUGGGAAAGCCAAGGCGGGCAACAAGGCCUACAGCGGGUCCUCCAGACCCUGGAGCGGCGAGGACAGGUCCUGCUGAGCUACAUCCGGACGCACAACCUGACACUCUUCAGGGACGAGGGCCCGUAAGCCCCCCACGGUCUGGGCGGGACUCUCACCUCACUGCAGGGGGAAGAAGGGGGGGGCACCUCACGACAUGACCUGAGUGGAUAAGUGCCCAUCCUCACGGCCACAUUUUCUUGGGUUCACCCGUCUUGAAGACAAAAGGGAAAAGCCAGAAAUCAGGAGGGCACCAUGGAUUCCACAGGACACGUCAUCUGCUUGGGAUGGUGGAGGAGGUGGUGGGUGUUGGGUUUUCAGUCUCAUCACAUUCUUUUCUGCCUGCUCAGCUCUGGCUGUUUACUCCCUUGCACCAAUAAAUACACAAGAAUGUUCUAUGAACUGCUCCAGGUUCUGUAAAGUCAUGC